CCGCCCCGCACCCGCACCCGCGCCCCACCCUGCCGUCCCGCGUGCCCCGCCGCUGAAACACCCCGCUCCCGUCCUCGCGCAGCGAACGCAGUAAGUACUGUACGUUGACGUUGCACAACGCUUUUGGCUUCGAUAGCGAGACACGAGUACGGAGUACGAAGCACAGGAAGGAUACAGGAUACAGGAUACAGGAUGCUGGUUAUCGAGUGCAGUGGGACGCCGUACGAGAUAGGCCUCACCCACGGCACCCUCGCCUCCGCAGCCAUCCACCGCACCCUCCUCUUCUACACAUCCCUCUUCUCCACCGCAUGCGGCCUCUCCUGGCCCGACGUCCUCUCCCGCGCGACCCCGUUUGCGCAGCGCGCGCGCGAGGCGUGGCCCGCGUACUAUGAGGAGAUGGAGGGCAUUGCGGAGGGUGCGGGGGUCGGGGUGCUGGAUGUUGUGGCGUUGAAUGUGAGGACGGAGAUUAGGUUUGGGAUGGGUGGGGGGUGUACGGCUUUGGGGUGGAGGGUUGGGGGGAAUGAGGGGGAGGGGGAUGGGGAGGGGAGGGUGUGGUUGGCGCAGAAUUGGGAUUGGGACACCGCCCAAAAAGAAAACCUCAUCAUCACCCGCAUAACCCAACCGGGCCUCCCGACCCUCAUCCAAGUAACCGAAGCCGGCAUAAUCGGCAAAAUCGGCUUCAACGCCGCCGGCGUCGGCACCCUCUUCAACGCCCUCUCCAUCCGGGGCGCCGACCCGACGCGCCUGCCCGCACACUUCGGCCUGCGCGCGGUCCUGGAAAGCACUUCUGUAGCCGCCGCGCUGCAGCGCCUCGAGGCCUGCGGGAUGGCGAGCGCGGCGCACAUCUUGAUCGGGGAUGCAGAGGGUGUGCUCGGGGUCGAGUUCACGAAGAGCACGUUUGCGCGGUGCGAGAUGGAUGGGGACGGGCGCGUGGUGCACACGAACCACCUCCUGCGCGAGCAUCCGGGCGAGACCGAUUCGGUGUGGUUGAAGGAUUCGCCGGCGCGGAUGGCGACGAUGGAGCGCAAUGCGGGCGCGCUGGGGCCGGGGGCCGGGUGGGAUGAGAUUGGGGGGUUGUUUGAGGACGAGGAGGGCGCGCCGGGGGCGAUUUGCCGGACGCAGACGGAGGAGACGGGGAGCGCGACGUUGUUUAAUAUUGUUAUGGAUUUGAAGAGUAAGAAGGCGGUGGUGAGGCUCGGCAGGCCGACGGAGCCGGAGGAGAUUGUUACGCUGCAGCUGUGAGGUUCGCUGGGUGCGGGGUGGAGUGUGGAGAUGACUGCCAUUCACUGACUUAACUGACUUAACUGUUAUUACUGUCAUGACUACCGUUAACUGCCAUUACUGCA